ACCGCCCCGGUGGAGGGUGUUGCUCCCUUUCCUGGUGGGAGCCGCCCGCGAGAGGCCGCCCCGCGGCACUCCUGGCCCCUGGCCUGUCUGGGGCCGCGGUUGGCCCGGCACCCAUCCCAAUGCCAGCUGUGCAGGAAACGGGAGCGUUUCCUGGCCGGGUCGGGCCGCCCCGGAAUGGCACUUUUCCCGGGUGCAGGAGAACUCCCCAGCCCAGCAGGCGGGCCUGGAGCCCUACUUUGACUUCAUCAUCACCAUCGGGCACUCGAGGCUGAACAAGGAGAAUGACACACUGAAGGCCCUGCUGAAGGCCAACGUGGAGAAGCCUGUGAAGCUGGAGGUGUUCAACAUGAAGACCAUGAAGGUGCGCGAGGUGGAGGUGGUACCCAGCAACAUGUGGGGCGGCCAGGGCCUGCUGGGCGCCAGUGUGCGCUUCUGCAGCUUCCGCAGGGCCAGCGAACACGUGUGGCAUGUGCUGGAUGUGGAGCCCUCUUCGCCUGCCUCCCUCGCCGGCCUGCGCCCCUACACAGACUACGUGGUUGGCUCAGACCAGAUCCUCCAGGAGUCCGAGGACUUCUUCUCACUCAUUGAGUCCCACGAGGGGAAGCCCUUGAAGCUGAUGGUGUAUAACUCCGAGUCUGACUCCUGCCGGGAGGUGACUGUAACUCCCAACGCAGCCUGGGGUGGAGAGGGCAGUCUCGGGUGUGGUAUCGGCUACGGGUAUCUGCACCGGAUCCCAACCCAAUCCCCCAGCCACCACAAGAAGCCACCUGGUGCCCUGUCAACUGGUGCCCCGUCACCUGGUACCCCACCACCAGGGGCCCCACCACCUGAUACUCUGCCAUCUGUUACCCCACCAAUUGGACCUACCCCUCAGGACUCUCCUGCCCUUCCUGGCCCACAGAUGGGUUCUAGGCAGAGUGACUAUAUGGAGGCCUUGCUGCAGGCGCCUGGCUGCUCCAUGGAGGGACAGCUUCCUGAGCCUGUAAAUCCCAGCCACGGUGUGCCUGGCCUUGAGGGACUUCCACAUUCCAUGGAGACUUCUCUUCAGCCUCCGCCUCCAGUGCAGCGAGUCAUGGACCCAGGCUUCCUGGAUGUGUCAGGCAUCUCCCUCCUGGACAGCAGCAAUGCCAGCGUCUGGCCCAGCCUGCCCUCUUCCACAGAGCUGAGCUCCACAGCUCUCUCCACCUCAGGGCUGGAGGACAUCUGCUCCAGCAGCAGUUCUCAUGAGCGUGGCGGUGAGGCCACGUGGUCUGGAUCGGAGUUUGAGGUCUCCUUCCCGGACAGCCCAGGUGCCCAGGCCCAGCUGGACCACCUACCUCAGCUGACCCUUCCCGACAGCCUCACCUCUGCAGCCUCACCGGAAGAUGGGCUGUCUGCUGAGCUGCUUGAAGCUCAGGCUGAAGAGGAGCCGGCAAGCACAGAGUGUUCAGAUUUGGGGGCAGAGGCUGAGGCUGAGGGUGCAGCCAGCCAGGCCCAGCUCUCUACCCCUGAAUAACACCCUGGGCUGUGACGAGGCCCCUGAUGGCACUUCAUGAGGCCCAUAUGUGGGGAGACUACUCAGGCCACACUAUGGGGCCCAGCCCAGUGUGUUUAGCUUCCUAGGCUGCGGUUCCGAGUGACAUGCAGGGACUUCUGCUGGCCAGGGGCUUUCGUGUCCACUCAAGACCUUACUGGUCUCCAAGAGAUGACCUCCCAGCAUUAAUUCUGCAUGAUGGUCCUGGCUUUGGGGAAUUGGGCACUUGUAGGGGGCUGGGAGUAGCACCCCAGAUUGUCUGGCAGGAGCUAGGGUAGGGAAGGCUGCUUUGCUGCUUGUGUAGGGGUGUGGGCCACGGGGAAGGGCAUCUUUUGGCCAUGUACCCUUAGGUCCAGUGCCUGCUCUUGCUUGGCCACUGUGGCUUCCCAGGAGGCAGCAGGGUCCAGACACGAUCAGGUGUGAUGAUGAGGUGAGGAAGAGGUUGGUGUGGGAUGUCUGAUUGCUUUGAUUCAUCCUGCACAACUCAGCCAGCCCUGUCUAUACUAGAAGGCACCCCCAUGCUCUGGGGACCCCUGAAUCCCCAAUUACUCUCUCUUCUGUCAUGUGCCCUCAUCCAUGUGCUACACUGCACAGUUGGCUUAGGCUGACAGGCCAGUCACAGUUGGAGGCGCAGUGAACGUGACUACGUUCCCUUGAGAAGGACUGGAAAUCAGGCCCUUCAGCAGACUCACCUGUGCUUGGACCACGAUGUUCCUUCCCCAGGGCCUGCACCCUACAGACCUGGUAUCCCCAGUGGUGACUCCUGUCAGCUCCCAAACUUAUACAAGUCUUUUCUAAAUAUACAAGGCAUCCGGCCAGCUCCACUGGUAAAUAAGUAAGUUACAAAUUUAAGAUCACCAACCUGAGCAAACUCCCAAAGCCAGUCUUGACUGGAUCUGUCUACACACAGCCCCCACCACAAAGGGGAAUGAGGGGCCUGGACAAGAGUGGGCAAGGCCUGGCUUCCUAUACUAUUUCUUUCCUAUAGUAUUGCGGGAGGGGGCUGUUCCUCCCACCACCACCAGGUACCUUGGGAGGCAAAGGCUAGGUUGGGUCUUCUGCUCUGCCCAGUUCCUACGGGAAGAGAAAGGCUCCACCCAGGGACAGCCCUUUGUCACCUGAAAUCCUGUCUUGGCUAGUCCCUCACCUUCCCACACUCCUUGCUGAUGACCAUUAAAGCUGCCUCUGGUCUUCUAGCCUCUGUCCAGAUAAAGUCCCUCCUUUGCUGCUUGAUUUGUAGCGUCUGCACUCACAAGGAAAUGAGAGCUCUGUUAGGCCCGCAGGACAAGGACUGUCUGCUCUGGGGGACACAGACCAAGUUUAUGGAGGGCGGGCCCCAAAUCAGCAAACACUGAGUUUCUAGCACUGUGACUGCAUUUAAAACAAGCCUCGUCAAGCCCACCAGAGUGGCUGAUAAGCCUCCAAGGCAGGGAGGCCUCAUGCCCAAAGCCAGUGCUGGAGCCUGGUGUCCCGUCCUCCGGUCCUCCGGAAUCCAGGAAGUUACGCAGCUUCCCUUGACCUGAGGUCACCCUCACCCAAGGUUCUGGUUCUUCCUCACUUUCAUACUCCCCUCCCUAAAUUGCAGGAUAAAAUAAAUAUCAGUGCUAAUAAUUUCCAGGGUAAACACGAAACCAGAGGUUUCUUAAUUUCUCUGUAAUUUGCUAUGAAGGAAAAUGACAAGUGAAAAAAAUAAACUUCAAAAUAUUUUAA